UUUGUGUCUUUUCGUUUCCUGGUAAAUGCUAGGGCGUGGUAAAGCCCAUUCACACGCGUCUUGGUGACAUUGAUCAACAGUAUGAAGUAUGAUGGAGGCGUCUGCUGUGUGGUUCAUCACUCUCCAUUUCUUGUUAAUGGUAACGAUCACAUACAUGUCAGUUAACAUGAGCCGUAAUCCAAAUGUUAAAACAACAAAUCAAAGUUCAACUUUUAAAAGAACAACAGGCAGCAGUAAAGCCGUGGAUGGCUGUACUAAACAAUCCCUUUCUAGUGGAUGUUGUUUACAUACAGCAUUACAAUUGAAGACGGCGUUCUGGCAAAUAGAUUUACAGGGACAAGUCGUCAUGGAAUCCGUCAAAAUAUACUUCAGAGAUGAAGAAUACAUACAGAAAAAGCGAUCCGGUGGCUAUCAAAUCUAUGGAUCAAAUACGACAUUCUGGAGAAGAGGUUUUCUCUGUCAUAUCGACACCACUGCUACCCCUGAUAGAAUGGAUUUGACCCCAAGCAUCAGUUGUAAAGGAACCAUUCGAUACCUAACAAUCUUUAUAGAUCGCUCAAAGACUAAAACCUACACCUGGUACUCUUUUUAUGCUGUGAUGGAGAUUUGUGAGGUCGAAGUUUACGGCUGUCCCUUGGGGAAAUAUGGAGAUGGCAAUUGUCUUUCGAACUGUGAUAGGACUUGCGUCAAGGACCUGUGUGACCCAACGACCGGUCGGUGUAAUUACUGUUCAUAUGGAUCCUAUAAGGACAGUGCUGUGUGUAAACGGUGUCCUGUACAUUGCUUGAACGGUACAUGUGAUGUGGAGACAGGUAUCUGCUUAGCAUGUGAGGAUGGUUUCUAUGGUUCUCUCUGUGGUGCCUGCGCCACUGGAUGUUCUGAUCCUGUUUGUGACAAAAUUGACGGCAAAUGCAGUCAAUGUGAACCUGGAUACCAUGGUACUAAGUGUGAAAUGGAGUGUCCAUCAAAUUGUACGACAUGUCUCCAGACCAGUGGUCAAUGUACAGCAUGCUCAUAUGGACUCUACAGCUCUGUCUGUGACAAAUCGUGUCCUGCGACCUGUAAAGAUAAACGCUGUGAUAUAAACACCGGACAGUGUACAGAUUGUGUAGAAGGUUUCUUCGGUCUACACUGUAAUGUGUCGUGCCCGAGUCACUGUACCAGUGAUGGCUGUGAACAAAAAAGCGGGGAUUGCUUAGCUUGCAAGACGGGAUACUAUGGACUUGACUGUGAGCAAACAUGUGGUCAAUGUCUUGGCUCAUCUUGUGGUAUGACCAAUGGGUCAUGUAGAUGUGUGAAAAGCUGGGAGGGAGACACGUGCAAGACCAGGAGUAAAAGUUACUCAGUUGCCUCCACUCCAGUCGAGCAGACUGGGUUGUACGCCGGGGCUGGAGUGGGUGCAACAGUAGUGAUUGCCCUAGUCACUGUAGUUGUUAUCAUCAUCGUAAGAAGGAAAAAUUCACAACGGAUUCCUAAACGCUCUAGCGAAUCCAGUCCAAAAGGUAUCGACUGUGUAGAAAAGACAUCUGACAAAUCGGCAGGAAAAACAGACGAUGAACAAAAUCAGGAACUGAAAGCUGCUGCAAGAGAGAAUGAACAAGUGUACGUGAACUUGCAAAACAUGGACAACACAUCUGAUGAAGAGGUUGUGUAUAAAAACGUUCAGGUCACACGUGUCCCUGUCAAUCAAUUAAGCACUUCCAUCAACUCCAAGAUGGCAAAUAAUGCGACAGCAUUCAAAGAGGAGUUUCAGACAUUUCCACUGGGAGCCAUGUAUCCUCACGAGGAAGGAGAAAAGGUGUCAAACAAAUCAAAGAACCGGUUCAAGACCACAUUUCCAUAUGACCACUCUAGAGUUAUAUUAAACACAAUGGGUGAUGAUGAUGAUUCCAGCUACAUCAACGCAAACUACAUUGAUAGUGUUGACACCAGUAAAGUGUAUAUAGCAAGUCAAGGACCAAAGACCAGCACUGUAGGUGACUUCUGGAGGAUGUUAUGGCAGGUUAACUCCGGGAAGAUUGUUAUGCUGACUAAUCUCGUAGAAGGGGCAAAGGUAAAAUGUCAUCAGUACUGGCCAGAUGAAGGGACUCCACUUUCUACAGACACGUUUGACCUAACACUGGACAGAGAGAGGACGUAUGCGUGUUAUGUCAUCCGUGAUAUCUCUAUUGUCCAUAAGCAGACAAAGGAGGAGCGCCAGGUCCACCACUUCCACUUUACCACUUGGCCGGAUCACGGAACUCCGGAUACGCUUGAACUCGUCCUCUUCCAUCGCCGUGUAACUUUAUAUCAAACACAGUUAUCCGGACAAAUGGUCGUACACUGCAGUGCUGGCAUCGGGAGAACUGGAACCUUCAUUGCAUUAGACGCACUUCUCACAUAUGGCAAGACGACCGGAGUGAUCGACAUUCCUAGUUACAUAGGAACCAUGCGGAAGAAUAGAAUGAACAUGAUCCAAACUUAUGAACAGUACAUUGCAUUGCACGAGCUUCUUAUCGAAGGGUUUAACUUGCCAGAAUCGUACAUUUCCCGGUCUAUCUUCAACAGUGAGCUGGCAACGCUAUGUUUGGACGGUAGACCAGCUAACUUUACCAAACUUUUCAAGGAAUUUGAGAGACUGCAAUCCUUUAAUCCAAACUACACAUCUAGCUGUUACUCGUCUGCACUAUUGAAGGAAAACGAAAACAAGAAUAGGGAUACCGAUAUUCUUGCCGUGGACAAGUUUAGAGCAUAUCUUCAAUCACAGCCAUCCAACAGGACAAAUUACAUCAACGCCGUUAUAAUACCGUCCCACACGUCCAGGUUUGGAUACCUGAUGACACAGUUUCCUCUAGAGAAUACGGUGGAUGACUUCUGGACGAUGGUGUUCGAUUACAACUGUGACAAUAUCGUCGUCAUUGGCACACCACAAGAGAGUUGCUGGCUUCCUGUUGCCAGGGAAACGUCAACAGCUACAUAUUUAUUUAAAAAGCUGAAUGAACGUUCCACGGACUACGACGUUGAAAUUGCGGAUUAUCAAGUAACAAACGAGCGGUCUAAACGUGAGAGAACAGUCCAGAUUUUUAACAUGAAACAGUGGUCAUCAGAAUCCUUACUUUCUCCCUCCGACUCGUCUCUUCUCCAACUACUAGAACAGCUGGACAGUCGGCGUCGGUCAGACAACACCACACCUGUGGUCGUCAUGUGUCGGAACGGUUGCACACAAAGUGGUUUGUUCUGUUGUAUAUCUAACUUACGUGAUCAAAUCAAGAUGGACGAUGGGGUGGACAUUUUCCAGACGGCACGGCAGUUAAAAACACGACAACCAGAAGCACUGAGAGAUGUGAAACAAUACCAGUACUGCUACGCUGUUAUUGGGAAAUACCUGGAUUCAACAGAUGUGUAUAUGAACUGAACAUGGAUACAAGUAUACAAUUUUGUGAGACACUACUUGUUUCUAUAAAUACGAAAUCAAUUAAACACAGCCAAUGCUCAGUACGGUGGCCAAGUGGUUAAGGCGUCUGACAUUCUGCAACGCGGGUUCGAGGCCUACGUGUGGCAGUCGCCAGGUACUAGCCAUGUAGGUCGGUGGCUUUUCUCCGGAAACUCCGGCUUUCCUCACCACUAAAACCUGGCACGUCCUUAAAACACACAAACAAACCAAACCAAAAUGCUCAGUGCGAAAUGAAAGCUAUUGUAGUACCUAUAUUUAAUUUUCUACUUUUAUUUUCUAUUGCCAUAGGACGAUGCCAUUGUUCAAACAGUGUUUUGAUUUUUCUUCCAGAACACAUUUUUGAUCGAUCAACAAAUUCUACAUACCAAAGGUUGAAUAUGAGUUGUUAUACCUCUGAAACAAAGUCAAGGGUGGUGUAUACUUGUAUCAACUUGUUCUACGAAAUUUCAUAUUCAAUCUGAACAUCACGUAUUCGCACACCUGGAAAUCAUAUUUCAGUUUCAAUUUUUUUCCGGGAGUUAUUUCCCUUUAUGUGAUCAAUAACUUUAGGUGAUCAAUAACUUUAGCAAUAUUCUUUACGUCAUAUCAGUUGUACAUUAGGGAUUAGCUUUAUUAUGUAAAUCAUUCAAAGUUCGGGAUUCAAAUGUGAUCUAUAGUGACUCUCUUUUGCUGAGAAUAUGACUUGACCUAUGCUAGGCCGACCUUGUUGAUACAUUAUGGGAAUGAUACAACUAUGAUAUUCUACAUGUACAAGUACAAAUGCGAUAAAUUUUAUAAUAACAUGGCUGACUUUUGAAUGAUUGGGAUCAAAAUGACCACUCUGAAACAUUUAAGAACUCAAUUGGUGAGAGGGAUAUUCGUACAUGUAUGCCUGUGAUGUACAGUUUUAGUGGGGGGGGAGGGGUCGGUAUGUUUGUGAAGAUGUGAUGAGUGAGUGAACUUAAUAAGGUAUCAACUUUCACUUUAGAAUUUGUCCUUUUGUAUAUGGACACUGACAUAUCUUUUUAAUUCUUCCUCAUAUUAACGGAAUCACAAGCGUAGAAAAGAGGAAAAUAUAAGAGGAAAAUGAACCGUUCCCGGAGCUAUUUGUUUGUAUAAAUAACCACGUAUACUGAGGGUGCAAUAAAGAAAAAAGAAAAAAAA